AUGGCUACAAAGGUGAAAGAAGAUGCUCUCAUCAAAGAGAAGAGCAUCUCGGCCCCCUCGACGCCACGAAGGGGCGACAUUCGACAUUCGAAACGACUGACCAUCGAAUCCCUGGUUCGAGACCCUUCGAUGCCGGAGGAAAAGCCGAUACCAAACUAUCUCAGGCCGACGAUAAGCUCGUGCCAUCACAAUAACUGCCACUACCCGAAGAAGAGCACCUCACAGCCUUCGGAGGUUUCAUUAACGGCCGGAAAAACCCUUCCUCCUCGGAAACCUAUCGACGAUAAGUCUCCUUCGCCAUUGUCUACGGCUUUGCGAACCAGUUGCGGUGAUCGAGCAAAAGUCUCAUCCGACGACGGUUUUGAAAAUAGUCCCAAGAAGACUCUCAUGAGGGCGAGAAGCCUCCCGAGGUUUAUAACAAAGAAAAGAGAUAUCAACGCCGAUAUUUCAACUAAAAAGUCGAAUGGUAGCGAGACACAAGAUCAUACGCCGAAAAAGGAUGUCGAGUCGUCAAAGCAGAAGCUUCCAGAAAUCAAGUCACCACCGAAGCGGAAGGACAGCAAAAAAAACAAGCACUAUGCGGGCUUCGGAGAAGAGCACAAGAAUGAACAUAGUGAGAGUCCAAAGAGUGCGAAGACCCACCGCGCAAAGGCGGCAUCAAAUGACGGCGAUGGUGGGAGGUUGAAGGCGAUGGUGGAAGGAGACAGAAAGCCAGAGCAAGAGAGAAAGGCGAUGCUCAAGAGACAGGAUGUGGGAGGGAAAGAGACGCUACCAAUGUACAACGAAGUGAUAGAGGAGACGGCCAGCAAGCUGGCGGCGAAGAGGAGCAAAGUGAAGGCUCUCGUCGGAGCCUUCGAGACCGUCAUCUCGUUGCAAGAGCCAGAGGGACAAUCAGGUCAACCAUAUGACGAUGAUGAAAUCAAAGUACAGAGAGGAGAAGAGAUUGAAAAGACGAGCAAGGACAGUCGACAACAACUGGCGGAGACGAAAAACAUCGAGAAGAAGACGAAGAACGAGAGAGUCAAUCAAAAGGGGCGACAAGAGCGAGAGAGAGAGUCGAAGGAUGGUCGACUUGAACAACAUAAGCACGAGGAGGAGAACACAAAAGGUUGUGAAAUAGGUCAAGAGAGUCAACAAGAGGAACAAGAGGCGUCAAAGGUCAACCCCCAUGGUCAACUCGUUGUUGAACAAGAUGAGGUGAAUGCAGCUGAACUGGGUCAAGAAAGUCAACAAUACAUGGAGAUAUCAAAGGGUGGUCAGAAUGGUCAAAAUAGUCAACCAGAGGAGGUAAAGGAGGUGAAUGAGGAAAAGAGGGGGGAGAGUGAUGAAGCGGAGAGAGAGGAAAUCAAGGGGGCGAAAGAGUGCGAUGAGCCAAUUAAGAACGAGACAGAGGAGAGUGCUUAA